UGGCUGUUCCAGCAAUCAGCGGCCGUCGACGGUCCACCUAAACUUUUGUCUUACUCCGAAGCAGAUCACAAAUCCACAAUCUUCUCUUUCUCAAAAAAUAAAAAAAUAAAAAAAACCCACAAUCUUCUCUUUUACUCCAAGUCUUUUUUCUCUCUCACUCUUUCAACUAUUUUCUUCCUGUUUAAAUCCAAAAAAAAAAAAAAAAGCGUCUUACUGUUAAAAAUGAUCAAAGGACUCUAUCUUCUGCUCCUAUUCGCCUUCUUCUUCGCCCUUUCAGAAGCCAAAUUAAGCAUUAUACAGCCUCAACCUGCAAAGUCUUUCAACAUCAGCUCUGUACAGAAUGCUAGGACCUGCUCUUAUAACGUCAUAAUAACCACAAGCUGUUCCUCAACUGGAUACACAAGGGACGAGAUAAGUAUCUCUUUUGGAGAUGCUUAUGGCAAUCAGAUCUACGCACCGAGGCUGGAUGAUCCGUCGACAAGAGCUUUCGAGCGGUGUUCUUCUGAUACGUAUCAGAUAAACGGACCGUGUGCGUACCAAAUCUGUUAUGUUUAUCUCUACAGAACCGGUCCUGAUGGUUGGAAGCCGGAGAGUGUGAAGAUCUACGGCUAUAAUUCCAAGGCUGUCACUUUCUACUACAACACUUUUAUUCCAGGCGAUAUUUGGUACGGAUUCAACUUGUGUAAUGACGCUGCUUCUUCGUCGCACCAACGUUUUGGCCGGAGGUGGUUCUUGGUGAUUUUAGGGCUCUCUUCUUUUCUUAUGAUUUUCUAAUUCUAUGAUACUCUUUUUUAAAAAAAAAUUAUGAAUAUUUAUAAUACUCCGUCUUAUGUUUUUAUUUGUUAGAUUAGAUACAUUUCAUGACCAAUGAGUUUGGUUCUAUACUUUAGUCUUUAGCUGCCUUCGGGAAGCUUCUCCUUUUAGCUGUGGAUUGUGGUGAAAUUCUUAAAGAAUUGCUUUUUACAAUUUUUAUCCGACACAAUUUGGGUUUGAAA